GAGAGUAGGUCAAAUUGCAAAGCAUUCUGGGAUCAUUAUCGAACAGUCCGCUGUUCAACAUCAUUUAUACGGCCGGUCAAGUAACAUUAGAAAAAUGGCACUUCUUUCAGCACGUUUGGCUGCUUCCGUAGCGAGGCGAUUGCCUAGCGCAUCGUCUCAGCUUGCAAAUCUUGCAUUCCCAGCAGCAACAGUAGCUGCCCGUAAAUUCAAUGUAUCAUGCAGUCACCGUGCCGCAGAAUUGUCCAGCGUUUUGGAAGAACGUGUCUUAGGUGCCAUAUCAAAAGUUGAUUUAGAUGAAACUGGCCGAGUAUUAAGUAUUGGAGAUGGUAUCGCUCGUGUAUACGGUCUUAAAAAUAUUCAAGCUGAUGAGAUGGUGGAAUUUUCAUCCGGUCUUAAAGGUAUGGCCUUGAAUUUGGAACCUGACAACGUUGGUGUUGUAGUAUUUGGUAACGAUAAAUUGAUCAAAGAAGGUGAUAUCGUGAAACGUACUGGUGCUAUUGUCGAUGUACCAAUUGGCGCAGAAUUAUUAGGACGUGUCGUCGAUGCUUUAGGUAAUCCAAUUGAUGCUAAAGGACCAAUUAAAACUAAAGCUCGUGCCCGUGUUGGUACAAAAGCACCUGGUAUUAUUCCACGUGUAUCUGUACGAGAACCUAUGCAAACUGGUAUUAAAGCCGUCGAUUCCUUGGUACCAAUUGGUCGUGGUCAACGUGAAUUGAUCAUUGGUGACAGACAGACUGGUAAAACUGCCUUAGCUAUUGAUACCAUCAUCAAUCAAAAACGUUUCAAUGAUGGCGAUGAUGAAAAGAAGAAAUUGUACUGUAUCUACGUUGCCAUUGGUCAAAAACGAUCCACUGUCGCUCAAAUUGUAAAACGAUUAACAGACUCUGGUGCAAUUAACUACACAAUUAUUGUAUCAGCUACCGCUUCAGAUGCUGCUCCCUUACAAUACCUCGCUCCAUACUCUGGAUGUGCCAUGGGAGAAUUUUUCCGUGACAAUGGAAAACAUGCUUUAAUCAUCUACGACGAUUUAUCGAAACAAGCUGUUGCUUACCGUCAAAUGUCAUUGUUAUUGCGUCGUCCACCAGGUCGUGAAGCCUACCCCGGUGAUGUAUUCUACCUUCACUCACGUCUUCUUGAACGUGCUGCUAAGAUGAGCGAAGCUAAUGGUGGUGGUUCAUUGACUGCUUUGCCAGUAAUUGAAACACAAGCUGGUGAUGUAUCUGCCUACAUUCCAACCAAUGUCAUCUCCAUUACCGAUGGACAAAUCUUCUUGGAAACUGAAUUGUUCUACAAAGGUAUCCGACCAGCCAUUAAUGUCGGUUUAUCUGUAUCCCGUGUCGGUUCAGCUGCCCAAACUAAGGCCAUGAAACAAGUAGCUGGUUCCAUGAAAUUGGAAUUGGCCCAAUAUCGUGAAGUCGCCGCUUUCGCUCAAUUCGGUUCCGAUUUAGAUGCUGCCACCCAACAAUUGUUGAACCGUGGUGUUCGAUUGACUGAAUUAUUGAAACAAGGACAAUAUGUACCAAUGGCUAUUGAAGAACAAGUUGCCAUCAUCUACUGUGGUGUACGAGGUUAUCUUGACAAACUUGAACCAUCAAGAAUCACUGCCUUCGAAAAAGCUUUCUCACAACACAUUAAAGCAUCCGCUAGCGAUUUAUUAGCAACAAUUGCAAAAGAAGGAACCAUCUCCGACAGUACUGAUGCAUCAAUGAAGAAACUUGUCACAGAAUUCAUGGCCGGAUUCAAAUAAACAUAAAAAUUUAUUUCAUUUAAAAUAAAUAAUAAGAAAACAAUUUAAUAAAAAAAAGCAAACCAGUUGUACAGUUUUAAUUUCGAAAAUUUCAAUUUAUUUAAGUUUUUAUCUGUUAAUCUGUCUAUGUAGUUUAUAAUGAAACUAAAAAUUCUUAAUUUUUUCUUUUUUUUUAAUUGUAAGAAUGUCUUAAACGAAAACACGAUGUUAUUAAAAAU